CACGAAUGAGUGUUUCUUGGGGUUUAGAGGUGCUUUUCGACACCCUGCAUUGUGUUCUGUUUGAUGUGAAAGCAGUCUCGUGGUUUCAAGUGGUUAACUUUGCUCCUGCAGCAUGUGCAGCGGUAAGACCUGUGCAUGUGAAUGUCUGUGCUUCGUGUAGAGAGCUUGUCUGACCCUGCAUGCGUUCAACCUCAUGCCGCGUGAGCAACAAAGGUAAAAGCCACGGUGCAAAGCCUCUCCUCUCCUCUCCAGCAUAUGUUCCCAGGUUCUAAAUCCAGCCCAGUGUGCUGUUCUUUGUUCUAGCUUGUAGAAUUUACUCAAGCACACCAGUGCUAAUGUAUGCCUCUGUGGGAAAAGAAUAUGAGAUAACAAUGCUGCUUUCAGCGUGAACUCUGUUUUAUUUGGUAAAAAAUGAUUUUGAAACCCAUUAGGUCUCUUUGUCUCAUGUUUUUUUAAACUCAUGAUUUGCCAAAUUCCCUAUUCCAUGCUGCAAUUCCAAAAAAACAAUAAUAGUACGGAGUUGUUGAAGUCAUGCCGGGAAGACUCAAAUAUUAUCAACAUUAUCCAGUACAUGCAAUAAACAUUUAGUAAAAAAAAUAUCAACCUGCUGGUUAAUUUCUGCUAAACCUGCAGGAUAAUACUUCUUUUCCUUUGAAGCUGCCCAUCUGUGUAUGAUUAUGACAGAGAGAGAUCUAGAUAGGAAGCCUCUCAGAUUCAGACACUUGAGGCUGCUGUGACGGUGCUGUUCUGCAAGCUUGCUGCGGCUGAGAGGACCAUUGUUGAGCUGACAGUGUCAGCUGCUGGUUGGAGCGUUUACUGCAGUGUCUCCCGCAGCGCCGGCGGAGCGGGAGGCUUCUGCACAGACCUCGGGACGCAAACUCUGUGUGUGCAUCCGCAGCCGGAGCUCGAGGAAGCGGUGGGGUGAGGGGGGGCACCUGACCACCGUUCACAUAUGCAUGAAUUUAAAAAGCAGGGUCGUAAAUAUCCAUCAAUGUGAAUUUGAUGAGGUAUAUAUAUUGUCAUUCUGUGCCAUGCCGUAUAUUCAGUAUUCAUUUCAUUGUUCUUCGGCUUUUUUUUUAAUGACAUCUACUCAUUUUUUCUUCUUCCUGUAAUGCAAACGAAUGAAUACAAGAGUGAUCCUUCUAUAGCUAAGUAGCUCAACCCAUCUUAUAUUGUCCCGCGGGAGGCCUUCCAGCGGGAUAUCAACAGGUGCAUCUGGCGUGCGGACCAGAAUGAAUGCACAGCAAUGGGGCAAUGCAACGCAACGCUGCAGUCCCCCCUGUGAGCCCCAUACGUUUAAUUACAGCCACAAACGGCAGAUGGCCCUCUUGAGUUUUAAUUCCAGUGCCUGUGAUUGAGACUAAGACGAUAUUAACAUCCCCAAACAAGAAAAAAAAAGGUAUCAGAUAUUUUGUAUUUCGCUGGCUUUUAUCGUGUGGGACCGACUCGUCCGAUUUCGCCAUCUAUCAAAUAGAGGAAUAAUGCGGAAUGGAGCGUGAAGCGGAUCUCCCAGUGGAAUGUGGUCGUUCAAGUAAAGAUUGAAAGGAAACGUUUCCCCCUCCGUCGUUGUGCUGGUGCUGACAUUAGCGGCGCUGUCCGCGGUGCUGAAACCGUACACACGCAGCAAAUGAGCCCACAGCCCAAAGGGCUCGCAAUUAAAACGAUGUUGGGAUGUUCUGCUUUACCUCGUCUGCAGCUAGUCCCCCCCAGUGUUAUAAUUUCUGUGGGGAAAUUCAGUUAUUUGGCCAAAAAAUAAAUACAAUUGUUUUUCUUAGCAUCUGCCUCGUUUUAAAGUAAAUGUAAUGUCACCAUCUAACGUUUAGCAUCAAGACCCCGGCUGCUCAGUCGCCUUCGAGCGGGGGGGGGGCUUGGCGGUCGAGAGGGAGGCAGUGUAGGGGGAGGGCAUCCUCUCCACUCAGGCGUAUACUGACGAGUGGUUAGGACUUGUUGAUGGGAAUGAUUUGUUGAUCUGGGGCUAUACAGACUGAGGCGGGUGAUCACAGCUUCCUGUCGGUUUUUUUUUCUCUUCUUCUUUGAGCGUGGGAAAAUAAAUAGUGCAUGCCGUACACCAGUGGCGUUACUUUGCUCAUUCGCUUUACGCGCCGAUCGCCAUACAUGCAUCUCCCCACGCCGUGGGCUAUAGGAGGAUCCACUGGGUCGACACAGUCUGCUGAUCACCAGUGAAGGGGGGGGGGUUUAAGUUUAUGUAUUUGUAUGCAGCUUGUCACACAAUGCAGACGUCAUCUCCACAGGAUUUAGAUCAGCUUUGGCGAUGUUUAGUUUUUUCCACCCCGGCUCCUACCGCACACUGUUGCGAGUGUGGAAUACAGUGAGGACAUCUAUGUUUUUGAGGAGGUUAUCCGGGCAGAUCGGCGGGCAGUUGGAAUACAAGUUUGCGUCCAUUUGAGCCUGUGCUGCAUCGAUUUUAACUCCACCACGGUUGCAUGUUUUUUUCUUCUUUUUUUCCAUCUCCAAAUGUGUGAUCCGUCACUGCAGGGUCGCCCUCGCCGUUUGCCUCUCGCCAACUUGGGGGGCUCGUUUCGCCCCCGCGGCGGUGCCGCCGAGCCUCUGCUCGAGCGGUGAUCCUCGCGCAUAGGAGGUGCCUCCGUACCGCUCGAUUUGCUGGCGGUGCACAGGCUCUCUCCGCGCCGCUAUACUCAAACGGCGAAUUCUGAUAGAGCAACCUCGUCUGGGAGGAGGAGGAGGAGGAGGAGGAGGAGGAGGAGGAGGAGGAGGAGAAAAACGGGGGGCAAAAAGAAGGGGAAAGAUUGGGUGAAAUGUGCCGCGAGGACGCCGCAGACGGUACCGGACAUUAAAAGGAGGCGACGCAACCGAACAUGUCACAGACAAUGAGCAAAAACACCACCGUGCAGGUAUGAAUACUCCUCUGAGGUCUCGUUGCGCGUUGAGUUUGGCAUAGCUCUUCAAUCAACACUAUGGCUGUUGAUGCAUGUGUGGAAUUACGCAUGAACUGAUCUCCUUUUUUUUUCUCCAUCAUGUCCAAGAAUAUUUCGAGUGAUGGUGAAAGCUGUUUUAAUAUUACCAUGUAGAAUUUGGACAAAAAAAGAGACCAGCUGCUAAAAAAAAAUAUAUAUAUAUAUUUGACAUUUCUCACCACGGAACGGACCACUUAGCCGCCACCAUGGGACUGUGACCCGGGCUGCGAGCUCCGAGAGGCGGCUUGUUUGUGGUAGUCUGUGCGCUCCGCGCGCAGACCGGACCCGAGCGGUUGUGACAAUUUUUGUAUAUUUUUUGUGAGCCAUGGCCGCUGCCAUCGCGAGUGGGCUGAUCAGACAGAAGAGACAGGCGCGGGAGCAGCAUCUAGAACGGCCCGCCACCAACCGACGGAGGAAGAGCCCCAACAAGAACAAGGGGCUCUGCAAUGGGAACCUGGUCGACAUCUUCUCUAAAGUGCGCAUCUUCGGCCUCAGGAAGCGGAGACUACGGAGACAAGAUCCCCAGCUCAAGGGUAUAGUGACCAGGUUAUAUUGCAGGCAGGGAUACUACUUGCAAAUGAACCCCGAUGGCUCUCUCGAUGGGACCAAAGAUGACAGCAGUAAUUCCUCUUUGUUCAACCUUAUUCCUGUGGGCCUCAGAGUCGUCGCCAUUCAGUCCGUGAAGACAGGUUUAUACAUCGCCAUGAACGGGGAGGGCCAUCUGUACACAUCAGAACUCUUUACAGCGGAGUGCAAGUUCAAAGAGUCGGUGUUUGAGAACUACUAUGUGAUCUACUCGUCUAUGUUGUACAGACAACAGGAGUCGGGGAGAGCUUGGUUCCUAGGGCUCAAUAAAGAGGGCCAAGCAAUGAAGGGGAACCGGGUGAAAAAAACCAAACCAGCUGCUCACUUCCUGCCCAAGCCAUUAGAAGUUGCCAUGUACAGAGAGCCAUCGUUGCACGACGUUGGAGAGACGGUGCCCAAGGCGGCGGCGCCUCCCAGUAAAAGCACAAGUGAGCCGGCGGUGAUGAACGGAGGUAAACCUGUAAGCAAGCCCGACAAGCCUGCCACAUAGCCCCGCACCAGUACCCAACACGUGUGUGUGUGUGUGUGUGUGCACGCGGAGGUGGGAAAGGUGGUGGGGAGUGACGGAGACUAGACUCUAGACCCUCUUUUCUUCUGGGGACCAGAUCCAGGCGAAAACCACCCCUUCCCUUUUUCGUGCUCCACUUUCUCCAGCCUCGCCCUCCCUUUUCUCCAGCCGGUCCUCGACAUGGACGCAUGGACAACGAGGCGGCUGAGUUUCUCCGGCACACAGGAGGGAAAAAAGAGGACCUCUGAUCAUGGAAUGCCUUUAGAUUCCCCUUAAAAACUGUGAGAACCCUGUGUUUCACGGCCAUGCUCGUGGCAUUUUGCUUGCCAGGCGGUUCGUACAAGAACACCACCCCCCCCCCCUCUCUCUCUCUCUCUCUGUGAUGGCCCCCUGCUACAGCAGCAGAGUCUGUGUACCUUCAGAUCUAUUUUCUAUACCACAGUUCACCAGCUAUGUUCUGGGAUAGAGACUGUAUAGAUAGAGCAAAUAUUUGGACUGUCGUCCUCUAUUUUUUACCAGUACGUUCUCCCCUUCUCCCUCUCUUCUAUCUCUAGACACACUCUUUUUUUCCUCUUUGUCAAGUAACCUAGAAAAGAUAAAAACGUUUUGCAGGGGAGUUGUUUGAUUUUGUAAGAAACACAUUCAAACAGAUGUGGCAACACAUACACAAACAAAAAAAUUAAAAUUUUUGUGUUGCCCGCAACAGGCACAGACACACACACACACACACACUUACAGACAGACACACACAGUUGGUGGAGGGGGACAAAUCAAUGUGUUGCUUGUUUUUUCUUUUCUUUUUACAGCGGAUAGAAACACACUGGAGGCUGGCAGAGAGCUCCUGCAAUCAUAGUUGAUGAAGUGCUAAUUACCGCCACUGCAAUCAAUGCGAGGAGCUCCCUACACACACACAAACGCACACACUAACACACACGCGCGUUUCUAAACAGACCUCUGCGUGUGGGCGGUAGAGCGCUGUAAGGAAUGGUGUCUACAUAUCACUAUCUAAGUCCCAGUAGCGGUUUCCGUUCCGCCUUCUCUGGUAAAUAGAAGAAAACCUGAAGUCUAUUUUUCUUUAAUCUCAUUUCAGAGUGUGGGCUCUAGGAAUAUCUCUAGGCCUUGUGGGCCUCUGUCCCUCACUCACUGACUUCUUUAGACUACGAGGCAAAGGCUCGUGGCUUUGACCCAGAUGGUGGACGACUGCAGCACUAGCAGCCAUUUUAUGGCAGCGUCUAUUCAAAAAAAGCCAGAAAAACAACAUGGCUGAAAACCAGUAGGCGACAUUUAUACUGGCUGCAUCCCUAUUUGGUUCGGCAAACCUAAAGCAUGGGCAAAGGUUAAUGUUGUGUUCUCUCUUCUUGCAGCAGUUAUAAAAGAGAUGGCUUAUAUUGUAACAUUUUCACUGUAUAAAACUUAGGGAAAAUGAAUAUUAUAAAUCAUAACUUUUUAAAUGACUAGAUAUUGUUAUUAUUAAUAUUAUUACUACGAGAGGAUUUGUCUCCUAGUUCAGCAUGCAGAGUCCAGUACCGAUCAUCUUGGCCUAUCACGUGCCUGUUUGGACCUCGAUUCCCGGCAUGCAAAAACAGGUUCCCAGUCCCCGUCACUGGGCCCCGAAGGUGCCUAACCCACUGGAUACAUCCGUGUAGAGGACACGUAGCAUUAUCCAUUGACAAGCCACACUCAGAUGUGUUCAACUCUGAAAAUGACCAAAGUCUUUUCCCAGGAAAUUAAACCGAUUCUUUGCAAAAGAAAACAAAUCAGAUUCAAUCAAUCGAAGCUUUCACUGUGAUUGCGUUUGUUCCGUGCGACAGAAUCAACUCCACUCCCCACCCCCCAAAGGUCUUUACCUGGUGUCAUUUUAGAGAUGUGCGUAUACCUUGAAUUAAUCACGUGCAUGUAUUUUCUACGAAGAGCAAGGUAUGGGUACCGCUCUUUGAUCGGCGUCGCCACGGGAGCGCUGGAGUCGGGUGCUGGGAGUUGCAUGUUGCAGGCUGCAGCACACUCACAGCGGAUCCGAAGGUAAACCCGCUGCACUCUCCGUUUCGGCAUCUUCAUCACGACUGUUAGCGGUUUAUCAGAGCUCUGUCUGAAUCGAUCAAUUCAUAACGUUCGUCUUGUUCUGAAGGAAUUUUUUCCCCCGAAUAGUUUUGUUAGAUAAGAUUUAGAAUACGGAGUAGAUUGUUGCUGCUGUGUGCGUGAUGCUAAAACUGCAAUUUAUGUUCAGAAGUUGAUUUGAUGAAUGUGAUUUUAUUGGGUUUACACAUGAUCGUUUCUUAUUACAGCACAUUGAAGCGCAUUAGUUGGAAUACUUAUCUGUACAAAGCUCUUAAAUGGCAUACGAUGCACACACACACGCACACACACACAGGAGCUGGAAACCACUGUAGUUGUAUUUGGGGCUGAUGUUCUGUCCUCAUUACAGCCAAUCAUCCUCCACUCUUACAAACUCUACAUGCAGGGCUGGCUGCUGCUCCAGCCCUGCGGUCCAGAUAACUGGCUUCUCCGAGGCUGACUUUAUUUUUGUAAAUGCCCGGUGUGUAAAUGUACAUCUCUGUUUGGAUCUCUGUAGCCACUAUUUCAUUUCACAUUUAUUUUUUUCUUCUAAUUUGUCUUGUAGCCUAUACGGGUUGUGCUUGAUGUCGUCUCCUGAUACCGAUCAUGUUUGCUUUGCCCCCCCCCUCCCCCUCUUUUCAGAUGUGUCACGAGAAUCUUCUAGCAAACGUCUCCGUUUCCAACCUCUUGUUUUAUACACUGUCCCAUCUGUUGCAUGGGGAGAGGAUGGCAUCAAUGAACUGCAUGUAGUAGGCUAUGUCUAUCGAGAACUGUUGGUAUGUACCGCUAAUUUUACAUACAUAUAUGCAACGAGUUUGUCUACACUAUACAGUUUGUGUUCGUUGUAGACGCACAUACAACAUAUUGAAUAGAAUAUUUAUACAAAAAGGUGUACUGUAAUGUCAGUAACAUACUUAAUGCAAUAUAGGGUGCAGUAUAUUAUUGCACCUGUCACUUUCGAUGGGACAAAGAAAACGGAGGGGUUUGGCUAGUUUAAGCAUGAAAAAAAAAGAAAAAAAGGCCAAAGUAGAAUUUACAUUAAAUUUUCUUUGUGACUUCUCAUCGGCUCUCUUUUCAAGUGGUGACUGAGCUCUUGUGUCAAUGCAGCUCUCAUCCCCUGAUGCCACCUUUUCGAAGUGUCAUGGACAUCCAGCAUGCCACAACGGAACUAUGUAUGCCCUCUCUUUGUUUCCUCCACGUAGAAGUUUAACCUCGUCACUUGUGUGUGUUGAAAUGUUGGAAAUGUCCGUCACGUACCUUCGGUACAGCGUGGCUUUCAUUGGCAGAUUGUUUGGUUUCCGGUGGAAAAGAAUAGGCACUGUUAAAAUGAUUUAUUUUCAACAACAAAAAAAAGAAAUAUAUAUACCAUUGCAAGUAUGCCCAUUGGAGUUAUGUCAUGUUAUAACAGAUUUGUAACCAUGUAUGAUUAAGGUCUUCGCAUUGUUUUCCAUGCAAACAUGUUGUCAUGCGGCACAUUCAAUGUUUUAUUAUUAAAAAAAAGAAAUAAAAACCUCAAACAGUAA